UGCAUCUCCACAGAAAACCUUCUCCCUUUACUCAAAAGUUGAUUUAGGAGCUGCUCUCCGCCUCAACAAAGUCAUCCACGACGGAGCUGCUCUCCGCCUCAACAAAAACCACGCCAUCCUCAAACAAAGUCAUCCGCAUUACAAUCGAUUUGGAGCUCAGGACAAAUCGAUUUGGAGCUCAACAAAAACCAUCCGCGCCAUGGGGGUUCCGGUUUGCCUCCUGUAGAAUUAUCCGUUCAUCUCGUUUCUUUGAGCUCAGGACAAGCCUCUCUCUCUCUCUCUCGUUUUUACUCUCUCGAUCAAAGAUCUUGUUAUAUGAAACUGAUAGCGAUUGUUGAUGUUUGUUGAUAAUGGGCUGGCAGCUGGAACCAUUUCUUUCAUACUUUGAGAUAGAAAAGAAAUGUAGUUAAUAAAGUCACCAAGUCAGAAGUUAUCCAUGGAAUAAUUCAGUUUGGGGUGUAAUAAUUCUGUGCUUGGUCCACUAAAGUGAAGAGCCAUUAUGUUCUGAGUUUUAGAGUGUUGGUGGUCUGAAAACAUAUAAAGACGAGCCCCAAGGAAAUCAUAGACCAGCCAUCAUGGAAAAAGAAUGGACCAAAUAUGAAAGAAACACAGUUAUCUAUAAACAAGGAGCAAGGAAGUUCGUUGAUAAUGUCCAAACGAGUAUGGGGAAUCCAGAAAGGAUUCGUUGUCCUUGUAACAAUUGUAUAAGUUUCAAACGCCACAACUUUAAUGUAGUAUAUGACCACCUGAUCUGCUAUGGGAUAGAUCAUCUUUAUAGUAAGUGGACAUGGCAUGGGGAUGAGCCAACAUUACCAGAUGAAAAUAAUGUGGAAAUGCCUGAAACAUAUAGAAUGUUUCAGGAUGCACUUUUUGAAGAUAAUGAUGCAUUUUCUGAAGAAAAUGAUGUUAGGGAACCUGGAGAUGAAAGAGAAGAGCCUGAUUUUGGAUAUUUAUUAGAGGAGGCAGAACGUCCUAUCUAUAAAGGCUCUACUUUGUCAAAAAUGUCGGCAACAGUAGCUAUGUGUAAGUUUAAGGCAAGGCAUGGUUUGUCUAAUAUAGGGUUUGAUGACAUGGUUGAGAUGAUUCGUGGGUUUCUACCGCAUGACAACACUCUUCCUAGCCCUUUGUACAAUGCAAAAAAAUUGUUAAAUGCAUUUGAUCUAGGUUAUGAGAAAAUACAUGCUUGUGUUAGAGAUUGUUGUCUAUUUAGAAAAGAACUCGAACAUGCAGAUAAGUGUCCUAAGUGUGGCUCAUCAUGCUGGAAAGUUGAUAAGCGCACACAAAAGAUUCAAGAAGGAGUUCCAGCGAAGGUACUCAGAUACUUUCCAAUCAUACCUAGAUUUAGAAGGAUGUUCAAGUCAGUUGAGAAGGCAGAACAAUUAAGGUGGCAUCACACACACAAGAGUCAGGAUGGCAUAAUGCACCACCUGGUUGACUCGUUGGCAUGGAAGAGCAUAGAUAGUAAUUGGCCUUCAUUUGCAUCGGACCCUCGUAACCUAAGACUUGGCCUAUCAUCAGAUGUAUUGUCGACAAUACAUGUUUAUUACAAUUAAAUCAGAAAUAUUCUUGCCUUAAUUCAGAAAUGUCCUUGCAAUAAUACAAUUUAUGGUUUAAUUAAGCUAUUUGUCAC